CAAAUGUCAGUGUCACAGUCACGUUUUUUGAAGUGGUGUUAUUUUAUGGGUUAUUUUACUAAUUUCGUAAACUAGUUAUAUAAAAACAAUGGCCCAAGGAAAACUGAAAGUGAAAAGUAAAUUACCAUCCGGUGUUAAAGUCAAGAAAAAUAAAGGGAAAGCGGUGACAAAACGUAGCAACGCACCAGUUCGGAGUAAAAACAAUGCUGUAGAAAAAAAUAAGAUGAAGGCAAAGGUAACAAAGAUGGUGAACGCAGUGGCUGAACAGCAACUUAGAGCAUUAGCUACAGACACGCCUAAGUUAUCUGAUGCGCAACAAAGGGUGGCAGCAGCUCCUACUGCACCUGUGCCCUCAAAAUAACCUAAAUAUUAAGAUCCAACUUGUUUAUAACCAAAAUCGAAAUUAAAAAAAACU